AUGGCUUGCGAGGACAGCACGGCUUGUGAGGACAGCACGGCUUGCGAGGAGAGCACGGCUUGCGAGGACACCACAGAUUGCGAGGAUAGCACGGCUUGCGAGGACAGCACAGCUUGCGAGGACAGCACGGCUUGCGAGGACAGCAAGGCUUGCGAGGAGAGCACAGCUUGCGCGGACACUUGCGAGGACAACACAGCAUGCAAGGAGAGCACAGCAAAGCUUACAAGGACAGCAUGGCUUGCGAGGACAGCACGGCUUGCAAGGACAGCACGCCUUGCGAGGACAGAAUGGCUUGCAAGGACAGCACGGCUAGUGAGGAGAGAACGGCUUGCGAGGACAGCACAGGUUGCAAGGACAGCACAGAUUGCGAGGACAGCAAAGCUUCCGAGAACAGCACAGCUUGCGAGGACAGCACAGUUUGCGAGAACAGCACAGCUUGCCAGGACAGGACAGCUUGCAAGGACAGCACAGCUUGCGAGCACAGCACAACUUGCGAGGAAAGCACAGCUUGUGAGGACAGCACAGCUUUCAAGGACAGCACAGCUUGCGAGGACAGCACAGCUUGCGAGGACAGCACGGCUUGCGAGGACAGCUGAGACAGCUCAACUUUCGAGGACAGCACAACUUGAGAGGACACCUCAACUUGAGAGGACAGCUCAACUUCAGAGGAUAGCUCCGGUUGAGAGGACUGCUCAACUUGAGAAGACAGCUCAACUUGAGAGGACAGCACAGCUUGCGAGGACAGCACAGCUCUUGAGGACAGCACAGCUUGCGAGGACAGCACAGCUUGCGAGGACAGCACGGCUUGUGAGGACAGCUGAACUUGAGAGGGCAGGUCAACUUGAGACGACAGCACAGCUUGCGAGGACAGCACAGCUUGCGAAGACUGCACAGCUUGCGAGGACAGCACAGCUUGCAAGGACAGCAAAGCUUGCAAGGAAAGUACGGCUUGCGAAGACAGCAUGGCUUGCGAGGGCAGCAUUGCUUGUGAGGACGGCACGGCUUGCGAGGAGAGAACGGCUUGGGAGGACAGCACAGGUUGCGAGGACAGCACAGGUUGCGAGGACAGCACAGCUUCCAAGGACAGCACAGCUUGCGAGGACUGCAAAGCUUGCGAGGACAGCACAGUUUGCGAGGACAGCACAGCUUGCGAGGACAGCACAGCUUGCGAGGAAGGCACAGCUUGCGAGGACAGCACAGCUUGCGAGGACAGCACAGCUUGCGAGGAAAGCACUGGUUGCGAGGACUGCUCAGCUUGAGAGGACAGUUCAACUUGAGAAGACAGCUCAACUUGAGAGGACAGCUCAACUUGAGAGGACAGCUCAACUUGAGAGGACAGCUCAAGUUGUGAGGACAGCUCAACUUGAGAGGACAGCUCAACUUGAGAGGACAGCUCAACUUGAGAGGACAGCUCAACUUGAGAGGACAGCUCAACUUGAGAGGACAGCUCAGCUUGAGAGGACAGCUCAACUUGAGCAGACAGCUCAACUUGAGUGGACAGCUCAACUUGAGAAGACAGAUCAACUUGAGGGGACAGCACUACUUAAGAGGAAAGCACUACUUGAGAGGAAAGCACAACUUGCGAGGACAGCAAAGCUGGCGAGGACAGCACAGCUUGCAAGGACAGCACGGCUUGCGAGGACAGCACGGCUUGCGAGGAUAGCACGGCUUGCGAGCACAGCACGGCUUCACAGCUUGCGAGGACAGCUCAAUUUUAGAGGACAGCUCAACUUGAGAGGACAGCUCAACUUGAGAGGAAAGCUCAACUUGACAGCUCAACUUGAGAGGACAGCUCAACUUCAGAGGACAGCUCAACUUGAGACGACAGCUCAACUUGAGAUGGCAGCUGAACUUGAGAGGGCAGCUCAACUUGAGACGACAGCACAGCUUGCGAGGACAGCACAGCUUGCGAGGACAGCACAGCUUGCGACGACAGCACAGCUUGCGAGGACAGCACAGCUUGCGAGGACAGCACAGCUUGCGAGGGCAACAGAGCUUGCGAGGAAAGCAGAGGUUGCGAGGACAGCUCAGCUUGAGAUAACAGCUAAACUUGAGAGGACCGUUCAACUUGAGCGGACUGUACGACUUGAGAAGAUAGCACAACUUGCGAGGACAGCAAAGCUUGCGAGAACAGCAAAGCUUGCGAGGACAGCAAAGCGUGAGAGCUUGCGAGGAAAGCACAGCUUGCGAGGACAGCACAGCUUGCGAGGAAAGCACAGCUUGCGAAGGGCAGCACAGUUUUCGAGGACAGCACAGCUUGCGAGGACAGCACAGCUUGCAAGGACAGCACAGCUUGCGAGGACAGUUCAACUUGAGAGGACAGCUCAACAUGAGAGGACAGCUCAGCUUGAGAGGACAGCUCAACUUGAGCAGACAGCUCAACUUGAGUGGACAGCUCAACUUGAGAAGACAGCUCAACUUGAGGGGACUGCACUACUUAAGAGGAAAGCACUACUUGAGAGGAAAGCACAACUUGCGAGGACAGCAAAGCUGACGAGGACAGCACAGCUUGCAAGGACAGCACGGCAUGCGAGGACAGCACGGCUUGCAAGGACAGCACAGCUUGUGAGGACAGCACAGCUUGCGAGGACAGCACAGCUUGCAAGGACAGCACAGCUUGCGAGGACAGCACAGCUUGCGAGGACAGCACAGCUUGCGAGGAAUGCACAGGUUGCGAGGACAGCUCAGCUUGAGAGGACAGCUCAACUUGAGAGGACAGCUCAACUUGAGCGGACUGCUCAACUUGAGAGGAAAGCUCAACUUGAGAGGACAGCUCAACUUCAGAGGACAGCCCAACUUGAGAGGACAGCUCAACUUGAGAGGACAGCUCAACUUGAGAGGGCAGCUGAACUUGAGAGGGCAGCUCAACUUGAGGCGACAGCACAGCUUGCGAGGACAGCACAGCUUGCGAGGACAGCACAUUUUGCAAGGACAGCACAGUUUGCGAGGACAGCACAGCUUGCGAGGACAGCACAGCUUGCGAGGAGAGAACGGCUUGCGAGGACAGCACAGGUUGCGAGGACAGCACAGGUUGCAAGGACAGCACAGCUUCCAAGGACAGCAAAGCUUGCGAGGACAGCACAGCUUGUGAGGACAGCACAGCUUGCGAGGACAGCGCAGCUUGCGAGGACAGCACAGCUUGCGAGGACAGCACAGCUUGCGAGGACAGCACAGCUUGCGAGGACAGCACAGCUUGCGAGGACAGCUCAGAUUGAGAGGACAGCUCAACUUGAGAGGACAGCUCAACUUGAGCAGACUGCUCAACUUGAGAGGAAAGCUCAACUUGAGAGGACAGCUCAAUUUGAGAGAACAGCUCAACUUGAGAGGACAGCUCCACUUGAGAGGACUGCACAACUUGAGAAGACAGCACAAUUUGCGAGGACAGCAAAGCUUGCUAGGACAGCAAAGUUUGCGAGGGCAGAACAGCUUGCGAGGACACAGAGGUUGGGAGGACAGCUCAGCUUGCGUGGACAGCAGAGCUUGCGAGGACAGCACAGCUUGCGAGGACGGCACGGCUUGCGAGGACAGCACGGCUUGCGAGGACAGCACAGCUUGCGAGGACAGCACGGCUUGCGAGGACAGCACAGCUUGCGAGGACAGCACAGCUUGCGAGCACAGCUCAACUUGAGAGGACAGCUCAACUUGAGAGGACAGCUCAAUUUGAGAGGACAGCUCAACUUGAGAGUACAGCUCAACUUGACAGCUCAAUUUGAGAGCACAGGUGAACUUGAGAGGACAGCUCAACUUGAGAGGACAGCUCAACUUGAGAGGGCAGCUGAACUUGAGAGGGCAGCUCAACUUGAGACGACAGCACAGCUUGCGAGGACAGCACAGCUUGCGAGGACAGCACAGCUUGCGAGGACAGCACAGCUUGCGAGGACAGCACAGCUUGCGAGGACAGCACAGCUUGCGAGGACAGCACAGCUUGCGAGGAGAGAACGGCUUGCUAGGACAGUACAGGUUGCAAGGACAGCACAGGUUGCAAGGACAGCACAGCUUCCAAGGACAGCACAGCUUGCGAGGACAGCACAGCUUGCGAGGGCAGCACAGCUUGCGAGGACAGCACAGCUUGCGAGGACAGCACAGCUUGCGAGGACAGCACAGCUUGCGAGGACAGCACAGCUUGCGAGGACAGCACGGCUUGCGAGGAAAGCACAGGUUGCGAAGACAGCUCAGCUUGAGAGGACAGCUCAACUUGGGAGGACAGCUCAACUUGAGCGGACUGCUCAACUUGAGAGGAAAGCUCAACUUGAGAGGACAGCUCAACUUGAGAGAACAGCUCAACUUGAGAGGACAGCUCAACUUGAGAGGACUGCACAACUUGAGAAGACAGCACAAUUUGCGAAGACAGCUAAACUUGCUAUGUCAGCAAUGUUUGCGAGGACAGCACAGCUUGCGAGGACAGCACGGCAUCUGAGGACAGCAUGGCUAGCGAGGACAGCACGUCUUGCGAGGGCAGCAGAGGUUGGGAGGACAGCUCAGCUUGCGUGGACAGCACAGCUUGCGAGGACAGCACAGCUUGCGAGGACAGCACUGCUUGCGAGGACAGCACAGCUUGCAGGGACAGCACAGCUUGCGAGGACAGCACAGCUUGCGAGGACAUUACAGCUUGUGAGGACAGCUCAACUUGAGAGGACAGCUCAACUUCAGAGGACAACUCAACAUGAGGGGACAGUUCAACUUGAGAGGACUGCCAACUUGAGAAGACAGCACAACUUGCGAGGACAGAAAAGCUUGCGAGAACAGCAAAGCUUGCGAGGACAGCAAAGCAUGCGAGGACAGCAUGGCUUCUGA